CCCCUGAUUUUUGGGUUGGAUGCUUGAGAGCUUUUGUUUCCCUUGUACUGAGGGUGGCCCAGCUGUGUCUGAACCUCCCAUCCCCCAUCCUCCUUUCCAUUUUCUAGCCAGGAGAAAAGGUGGUGGGGGACAAGAAGGAAAGGAGAGAGAGUGUUGCCUGGCGUGCUGCCACACAGGGACGCUGUGAGGGCAACAGCUGUCUUUUGAUCAACUAAGGAGUAUGAGCCUCCUGGAGGACAGCAUGAGCUCUAGACACUUCAGGAGUCCUCAGCUAGUGACAUGGGCGAUAUGGAUCAACUCAUAAACAACUUGCAGGUCCAACUUAAUUCAGAAGGUGGCUCAAUGCAGGUAUUCAAACAGGUCACUGGCCCUGUUCUCACCAGAGAUCUCAGUGAGACAGCAAACAGAAAUAAUAUGACGUCUCCACCACUCUUGGAAGCCAAUCCCAUGGCAAACCCAACACUGUUUAAUGACAUCAAGAUUGAGCCCCCAGAAGAACUUCUGUCUAAUGAUGCUAGCCUGCCCCAGGUGGAACCAGUUGACCUCUCCUUUCACAAACCCAAGGCUCCUCUCCAGCCUGCUAGCAUGCUACAAGCUCCAGUACAUCCUGGCAAGCCACAGUCUGCUCCCCAGACUCCUGUGGUAUCCACUUCAACAUCUGACCUGAGUGCUUCAGCAAACAUUCCUACCAUUCUAACUCCAGGCUCUAUCAUUGCCUCCUCUCAGGGCACUGGCAGCCAGCAGAUCUUACAUGUGAUUCAAACCAUUCCCUCAGUUAGUCUGCCAAAUAAGAUGGGUGGCCUGAAUACCAUUCCUGUGGUGGUGCAGUCUCUGCCUAUGGUGUAUACUGCAUUGUCUGUAGCUGGGGGCCCUGCAGCAAUUACAGUCCCACUCAUUGGAGGAGAUGGUAAAAAUACUGGAUCAGUGAAAGUUGACCCUACCUUCAUGUCUCCACUUGAGAUUCAAAGUGACAGUGAGGAGAGUGCAACCGAGAGUGGAUUCUCAGCCUUACAGAGUCUGCAGAGACUACAGCAAGAAACAACAACAAUGGCCCAAAUGCACAGAGAAGAAUCAUUUGACUUGAAGAGAAGACGAAUUCACCAAUGUGACUUUGUAGGAUGCAGCAAAGUGUAUACCAAAAGCUCUCACCUGAAAGCUCACCGCAGAAUCCAUACAGGAGAGAAGCCUUAUAAGUGCACCUGGGAUGGCUGCUCCUGGAAAUUUGCUCGCUCAGAUGAGCUCACCCGCCAUUUCCGCAAGCACACAGGCAUUAAGCCCUUCCAAUGCCCAGACUGCAGCCGCAGCUUUUCUCGUUCUGAUCACCUGUCUCUUCACCGCCGACGCCAUGACAACACGUGAACAGCAUAGGCCUUAUUAGUGGAACUGUAAUGAUCUCUUUUCUGUGUUUGUGCUGAGGUCAAGACUAUGUUUUUCUCUUUGACUUCAACGUGUUUCUGGGACAGAGUUGAUGGAGACUGGAGGAAACUGCUUGUCUCCCAUGGGGCUGUUCAUAU